AUGGCUGAAGGGAUUCUUACCAGAGAGAUGGUGGUUCCACUCCCAUGCAGCAUGUCCAAGCCUGAGAAACCAAUCCCACCCUCUUCAAUCUCAAAGCCUCAGAACUUGGUUUUCUAUAUGCCUCAAGAGUGCCUUAUCGAAAUACUUGUUCACCUUCCUGUAAAAACAUUGAUCCGCUUCAAGUCGGUCUGUAAAACAUGGCUAUCCGUAAUCUCAAGCCCUAGUUUCAUCAGGUCUCAACUUCACAAUGCCAUCACUGCCUCCAAGACAAAUCCCACAGUGGCCAUUAUUUCAGAUCAUCGGCAUUUUCAUCUUAUCAACGAGGCGUUUCUUGACGUCAACCGACAUUAUUUCUCCAGCUCUCCCAUACAUGUUGGUAGUCUUGUCUUUCCGCCUCAGCUGGACCAUUAUUUAGAUAUUAGUAACAAAUCUUAUAAUGGUAUAAUUUGUUUCAUGGGCAGAAAUUACGUUGGAUACCUCUGGAAUCCGUCGAUCAGACAGUACUUGAAACUUCCUAGUGCUCCGGAGCAAUAUACAUUCCAUUUAGGAUUUGGUUAUGACUCUAUCUCCGGAUCUUACAAAGUGUUUAUGUUUGGAGAGGAUACGACGGAUAAUGAUGUACCUACAGUGUUUGUGUAUUCCACAGCUACUGGUUGCUGGAAGGAAAUUCGAGCUCCUAAUUGGGGGAACAAAUUUUGCUACAUGGACCAAAUUGAUGUUGUUGUAGACGGGGUACUGUAUGCAGACUGUGAGGAUACGAUCAUCUCACUUGAUCUGCACGAGGAGGUUUUUGGCCUAGUUCCGUAUCCUGAGUUUGUUCAGAGGAAGGGGUCGUCUGUUUUGGACUUCGAGGGUUCUGUGGCUAUGGUCUUUGAUUCUGUGGUAUGGACGUUGGAUGACCUUUGUGGUAAGGUGUCGUGGACCAAGAGAUUCAGUGUCAAGGAGUAUGAUUCCGGGAUAGGUAUAUGGUUGUCUUAUUAUUUGGGCGCGGGGGUGUUCUAUGGAAGUAAGUUUCUUCUGAAAUAUGAAUUUGAAUCUGAUCAAUUGUUAUAUAACAUUUUGUAUGAUUGUGAGAAGAAAGAGGACAAGUGUUUUGUUCUUCAACAAUGCAGCAUCCCAGAAACUAUAAAAUACACAGAGACACUUGUUUCACUUGAUGGCUUUCAGUAUUACAACUAA